ACUGUAUAUGAGUAAUUUAAUAUAAAAUUACACUCCAUCCAAACGCCGAACAAAUCUAUUAUAUACCUAAGCACUUGGUUGGUGUACGGAUGUUUUAUAUGCUCAGAAAAUGGAAUAUUUCGCUUUAUGAAAUGAAAUCUACACGAGCCUAAAAGAGAGCGUGCAACGGGAUCUCGAUCAUGCGACGUUUGAGCGAGAGAGAAGACACCCAUUUCUUUGCGUCCCUGAACCUUGCCAGGAAGGACUUCGAUAGCUUCAGGUUCGGCGAUGCAAGGGCACCCUCUCCACACCUUCAAGUCCGUCCACCCGUGUAGCACCAUGUCUCCAAUGGCAGCUUGAACUCCAUGUCCGUGAACGCCGCGUCCAAGUCCACUCACCAUAUUCACUCGGCCUCCGGCUGGGCAAUCAUUGCCGCCCGGACCACCGGGAUUGCAAUCCACCUUGUUCUUGAAGAACCUCAGGAGCAGGUGGUCGCUGAUGGGGGUUACGGCACGGAGACGGUUGCGAUCCUGACACAAGGAGAACUCGCUCACUUACCCGGGGACGAAGGAUGGGUGGUGCUUCAGCCACUCCCGACGUUUCUCGUCCCAGUUCUUCAUGGAUUUGUCGAUGGUGUAGCUGAGAUACGGGUCGUCGUAGAAGGUGGGAGCAGGGGGUCGUGGCGGUGGGUUAACCCCCAACCCCGAGGCGGCAAUUUCAGCGCAUUCCUCUGCAGAGAAGGCCUCCGAGACGGCGGUGUUUGGCAGGGUGACCGGAGAAGAAAAAAUAGAGGAAGAGUUAGGAGUAGGCUCGACAAGAGACCAGAGAGACCAGACUAGUAGCAAAGCCACCAUUGCUCCUCCAACGAAGAGAAUGGCGUCCGCGAGGAAAGAGGAGGUUUUGGUCCGAAAUGGGGUUUUAGCCAUGUCGGUAUGGAGCGGAGAUUUCUCUAGAGCAACCAUUUAAGGAAGGUUCAGAGGGUUUUCUCCUCACUGUGGUGGUUGUUUUUUUGUUUGGUCCUGCAAGGAGUGGCGUGACGAUACAGUCCCUGGUCAGUUACGAUUUUACAGCUAAAGGUAGAUCUGGAUGUUUUCGACGGGCGCAUGAUUUGAUGAAGAAGAUGCCAAGUUCAAGAAGAGAAAAGGGAGUUACUUAGAUUGCCUUUUAGGGAGGACUUAGAAGAGAAGCGAAGUGGUUCUUAAAUCAACUUGAACUAGAAGGCAACGAAGAUAAAAUAAGGCAAGGUGGAGAAUCUACACUGCUACAUAACAACUCGCUGAGAGUAUUUCGAAGAAGAAGUAUGCAUUUCCUGAAACGCCACUAGAAAAAAAAUGUUUGGUAAUGAAACCAUUCUGAUAUCGUCUGUAUGUUCAUACAAAGUUUUCCAUUAGAAUUUUUGAUGAAAAAUGAUGGUGCUUUCAGAGAAGAACUUGGAUAGUUAAUGCAUUGUUGCAGGACCAAAGGAGAUUAAUAAGGACGGUAAAGGGUACAGAAACUGCUCCUCUUGAGGAAAGACAAAAAAAUGUGCUCCUGGGAAAAGAUUCAAAAACGAGGUCUCCAUUCAGUGCAAGGUUAAAGGCCGGUUCGAUGACUAUGAAGGAAGUGAGUAUCACAAAGAAAAUCCCGAAGGAGAAGAUUAAGAGGAAGAAGAGGUCCAAUGAGUUUGAAGAUGAAAACCUGGCUCAGCAUUAUGCACUCAAACAAACCAGUCAUGGAGAUACAGGUACUUCUUUACUAACAAAAUACAAUCAUACAAGUGAGGACUUGGAGGAAGAAAAAAUAGAAGUGAAGAAGAAAAGGUCCGAUUCUCUUGAAAAUAUUGACAUAGACCAAGAGCUUCUUGACAAUAGUGAUCUUCACUUACCCACUUAUGCUCCUUUUGCAGCAGAGCAUCUUGAGCAGUGUGGCAUGGUGCAGAAAGGGAAAAAGAAGAAUAAGAAGAAAAUACAUGAUGUUCAUGAAACUAAUGACGUAAAUCAAAAGCCACAGGAAGGGGGCUCUUUGGUGAGAAGGGAGAAAUUGCAUAGUGUCCCUCAGCACAUUGAACUGGGUCAAGAUUCAUUAGAGGAGAAUACCAUGGAGGUGCUGCAAGGCAAAAGAAAUAUGCAGUUGGUUCUGCAAACAUCAGAAAAUCAUGUAGAGGUGAGUGGGGGUCAAAAAAAGAGAAGGGACAAGAAGAAGAGUGAUGAAAAUCCUUCCUUGCAUGUUAAAGAAAGUUUGGAAGUUUCUUUGCGAACAGUAGAUGGUGAAAAAGAAGCAAACAAGACGUGGAAAAAACCAAAGAGUAAGAAGAAGAUCCCUAAUUUCUCUGAAAGCAAUGACUCAAAUCAAAAUAUAUUGGAGGAUAGUAGCUUGGAUUUGAAGGGGCAGUGGAUUAAAGAAGAGGCAGUGACUGUUUUUCAAACAAGAGAGGAUCGUAGAGAAAUGUUUGCAACACAGAAAGAUAUUAAGAAGAGAAGAAAGAAGUCUAAUGAUGCAGAAAAUGGCAACCUGCAUCAAAAUCCAUUUCAGGAUUAUACCUUGCAUUUGCCUGUUAAGCAAAAUAAUGACAUGCAUCAGAAUCCAUUGGAGGAUCAUGAGAAAGGAAAUAAUGUUGAGAGGAAGAGCAAAAAGAAGAGGCAUGGUUCCCCUCAAAGCAACAUAUUGGAUCAAAAGCAUUUAGAAGAGAUUAUGAGGGAAUUGCUCACUCCAGUGAAGCCAGUGGCUGCUCCAAAGGCAACAGAAAAUGAUCAACUGGACACAGAAGAAAGAAAGAUGAAAAAGAACAGUUCAAAAUACCCAGAAGAUAGUAACCUGGAUAAAAAUCUGCUAGAGGAGGAUCACUUGGAGAUGCCAAUUAAAAGAAAUUUAGAAGCCACUUUCUAUAGAACAGAAAACCGUGAAGAAGUUGGCAUGAUAAACACAAGGACAAAGAGGAAGAAUAAGGGGUAUAGUGCCCCUUCAAACAAAGAUUUAAAGUCAAAUAAAAUGGGGAAUCGAAUAAAGGAGCAGGAAUGGUUAAUAACAAACCCUGAAACUACACUUCAAAUAGAAGAAUACCAUACAGAGUGUAAUGGUGCAAAAAGUAAGAUAAAGAGGAAGAAAAGCUCUGGUAUCCUUGCGAAGACUGAUCUGCUUCAGGACCCAAUUGAGAAAGGUGGCCAAGAAUUGUUGGUCAGAGGAGAUAUGGAAUCAGUUUUGUGCAGAAGAGAAAAUCAUGAAGGAAUUGUAAUUCUAGAAAAGGGAAGACAGGGAACCAUGAGCUCUAACAGCCUUGAAAAUAAGCUGUUGGAAGAAUGUAGCUUGAAGUUGCUAGAGGUGGGCACACAUCAGAAAAAGAAAGAAUGGAAGAAGAAGGUUGAUGGCCAAAAGCUGCCGGAAACAUGUAGCCCACAUGAAUCAAAGGUGGAAAGUUUCGAACAUUUUGAAAAAGCUAGGUUUGAUUGCUGUCUAGAAGAAGCAAGAAUGGAUUCUGUUGGAAGGAAGGAACAUGGAGUGCUCAUGGACGGUAGCCUGGCAUUGAAGAAAUGCAGUGGCCCAUCAAAAGGUGCAGAUGAUAAUUCAACUAAGAAGAUCAGCACGUUAAUUAAUGGUAGUUCCUCCCCAGUACUAAGUGUUCAAGCAUAUAAAAAGCAGAAAGGAAAGUUGUUUGGGUCAUCAGGAGAUGGUUUGAAACCAGAAAGAGAGGAUUAUCUUAGCAGUUCAUUGCAGAUUAUACAAACUAGCAUGAGGGAUGUUGUGGUUGGUUGUUCAGACGGUGCACUUGCCUUGGAGAAAAGUAAGAGCAAAAUAAAAAGAAAGAAAGGGAAAGAGAUUGCUAAGGGGGAUGACACUCUUAUAUCUGCUCCAUCUUCUGAAGAAUGCCUAGAACAGAAGAAUGUUAUAGAGUUUAAAAAUGUGCAACAAAAAGCAUCAGAAGUUAGAAUUUACAUGGAAAGAAGUUUAGAAGAGUGUUCACCAAUAUCUGUGUCUAUUAACUGUUUAGACACUCCAGCUACCUUGGUGAACAGCCUUGAGGUGAACAAGUCAGGAAAAUCUAUUGAUGGAGGUGAUGCUUCUAAUGAUGUGUAUACGCUUAGCCAUUUUGAUGAAUGCCUUGUACAGAAGAGGAAUGAUGAGCUCAGGGAACUCCAGAAAGCUGUUAGAGAAGUGGACCCUUAUGGGCAACAUGAUAUGGAGGAACUUGAGAAGAAGUUUGGCUCCUCAAGUAAUAAAUCAGGGACAAUUGACAAAGAGGAGGGUCUUUGUACCUCACUGCAGAUUAUGCAAAACCUACAAAUGAGAGAUGCCACUGCUAGUGAUGAUCAGUCACUUGAGAAGAAGUUUGGCUCCUCAAGUAAAAAAUUGGGGACAAUUGACAAAGAGGAGGGUCUUUGUACCUCACUGCAGAUAAUGCAAAAUCCACAAAUGAAAGAUGCCACUGCUAGUGAUGAUCAGUCCCUUGAGAAGAAGUUUGGUUCUUCAAGUAAUAAAUCAAGGACAAUUGACAAAGUGGAGGGUCUUUGUACCUCACUGCAGAUUAUGCAAAACCUACAAAUUAGAGAUGCCACUGCUAGUGAUGAUCGGCUUGAGAAGAAGUUCGGCUCCUCAAGUAAUAAAUUGGGGACAAUUGACAAAGAGGAGGGUCUUUCUACCUCACUGCAGAUUAUGCAAAACCUACAAAUGAAAGAUGCCAUUACUAGUGAUGAUCAGUCACUUGAGAAGAAGUUUGGUUCCUCAAGUAAUAAAUCAGGGGCAAUUGACAAAGAGGAGGGUCUUUUUACCUCACUGCAGAUUAUGCAAAACCUACAAAUGAAAGAUGCCACUGCUAGUGAUGAUCAGUCACUUGAGAAGAAGUUUGGUUCCUCAAGUAGUAAAUCAGGAGCAAUUGACAAAGAGGAGGGUCUUUGUACCUCACUACAGAUUAUGCAAAAUCUACCGUAUCAAGUUGAGAACCAUGGAGAGCCAAAUUCAAGAGAGUUUUCAGAAGAGUUCCUUGACCUUGCAGAUAAUGUUUCUGUUAACAAUCCCGACAUUACAAUUGCCCUAAAGAAAUGUAUAAGGGGAACCGAUAGGACUAUGGAACAAGAUAUUUAUGAAGAGAAUGAUUUAGUUAUCUCCAGAUUUAGCAUUUCUGCUGUGAAACCAGAAGAUACAACCAAGGAAGACCUUUGUGUACAAGAUUGGGUUCAUUAUCAUUCGACCAAACAACUGGAACAGAAGAAAGAGGAGUUGGGAAGGGCAGUUAAGGAAUGUUAUAAAACCAAGGAGGAAGAUGUUGAGGCAUCUCCAAGAGAUGGCAAGGAGGAUGAGAUGGUUCUUUCUCCACCAACUACAAAUGCCCUAAUGGAUGUUCCUAUAGGUGAGAUGCAAAGAGAGGAUAAACCAAUUGAGAGAUUUUUGACCUCAUUAGAGAGAGAACCUGUUAGUUGCAGAAGAAAGCUUCUUAUUCUUGACAUGAAUGGACUGCUUGCCGAUAUUGUUUGUUUUGUUCCUCCUGGCUACACAGCAUAUACAAGAGUUGGGAAAAAGGCAGUUUUCAAAAGGCCUUUUUGUGAUGAUUUCUUGAAGUUCUGCUUUGAAAGAUUUGAUGUGGGUGUUUGGUCUUCGAGAGCAAAACAAAAUCUUGAUGUUGUGGUAUGUCAUCUUAUGGGAGACAUGAGGCAUAAUCUAUUAUUUUGCUGGGAUCAAUCCCACUGUACUGCCACAGGCUUUACCACUGUGGGCAAUGAGAAAAAGCCAUUGGUCUUGAAGGAGUUGAAGAAACUAUGGAAUAAAUGUGUACCUGGUCUCUCAUGGAACAUGGGGGAAUAUAAUGAAUCAAACACAUUGCUGUUGGAUGACUCUCCUUACAAAGCACUCCUCAACCCUCCAUAUACGUCAGUUUUCCCUCAUUCCUACAGCUUUCGGGAUGAGAAAGAUAAUUCAUUAGGUCCAGGAGGAGAUCUUCGAGUAUAUUUGGAAGGUUUGGCAGUGGCUACAGAUGUUCAAAAUUAUGUCAAGCAACACCCAUUUGGUCAACGUGCCCUUACAAAUUCAAAUCCAUCUUGGCGCUUCUACAGAAGGGUUGUCGAUGCUGUACUCUCGAAAAGAUUGAAGAAAUAGAUCGCUUUCAUUUUCGUAUUUUGAUAAUUUACAAAAUUUAUUUAAAGGAACCUAUUAGGAAUGUACCAUUCCAAUUUAACACCUUAAUGGUUCCUCACACUGAGGCUAGAGACAGGUCGAUGGUUCCAGUUCCAAGUUCCAACCAGUGUUCCCUAAGCUUCUCUGGGGAUAGGCCAGAGUCGUCUGAGACCGACAAUCUUCACGAAUUGCUAGCGGAUUGGAUCUACUUGCCUAGAUGGAGAGACAGAAACAAUCAAAAGAGUUGAAGCAGAGCUAAUUAUUCCAUCUCAAUUGCUACAUGAUCUGAUAGAACUUGUGGUAUUAGCGGAUUGUGCAUUUGUGCUUGAUUCAAUAGGCAGACUUCUGUUACUUAAACCACUGCAAAUUUUUGGAAUGAAAUAUUUGAUUCUGAUUUAUAGACUUUAAAAUUACAUGGUUUUUAACUUGUAUAGUUCUACUUCCUUGGUAGAUCAGUAGAUGCAGCAUAUGUAAAAGGUAACUCUUGAAUGCGUCAAUGAAUUUGCACCAAAAGAAGUUGAGCGAUGAUAGA